AAAUUUUUAGAGGAAAAAAUCAGCCGCGAAAAAACGCCGGCGGGGACGGAAGCGGCAACGUUUAGUAAGGUGCAAUGAUGGAGUUUUCAAUCUCCGAUCCAACUCUCUGGAGAGAAGCUCUCUCUACUUAUUCAUCUCAAAUCGAAGCCCUAGGCAAGCCCAAUUUGGUUUCUCUCGAUGAUUUUUACCGAAACGAACUUCCUCUUAUUCUCCACAAGCGAAACCCUAGCCCUUACAUCACUACUUCUGAGCUCUCAAAACUCAUGCAAUGGAAGCUCACUAGAGGAAAAUGGAGGCCUCGUCUCUUGGAUUUUGUUUCAUCAUUGGACGAAUCGCUCGUCAAAUUGGCCUCUCAGAAGGCCUUCCAAUGCCUUCCUGAUAUUUCCAAAGCCGUUUCUGAACUUACGCCGCUCAAAGGCGUUGGUCCGGCCACUGCCUCGGCGGUUCUUGCUGCCUACGCCCCGGAUGUUGCGCCUUUCAUGUCCGACGAGGCUAUGGAGGCGGCUCUAGGCAACUCCAAGGAUUAUUCAUUGAAGCAAUACUUACUAUUCGCAAAUAAAUUGGAACAAAAAGCCAAGGAAUUAAGCUUAGAAGGAGAAAUUUUCACACCAUCUGAUGUAGAGAGGGCUUUGUGGAGUAGGGCUAUAGGGGAAAAAUUGAAAGGUUCAAAAUCACAAUUAGAUCCUAACAAUGGAGGCAAAACUGGAACCAAAAGAAAGAGAAAAACUUCCAAGUGACAUCCACUACCAAUGGCUUUUGAGUUUUGUACUUCUGGUUUUGGACAUGCAGCUGAUGUUGGCCUUUCAGGUUUAUUCAUUACUGCAACAAUCUAGCUUCUAUUCCUUAACUUACAAUGUAAAAUUGCAAAUACUCCCUUGAAGAUCAUGUUUGAUGGUAUCUAAUUGAAACUUUCACCCUAUGUCCUUUGUUUUUUUUUUUCUUUUUUCUUUUUGGAGAUCACUUUCCUAGUUUGAAAAUAUUUUACAAACGGUUUUGUAAUUUCAGCAUUAUUUGGGUUU